AUGCCUGGACUGGAGGACAUCAGGAUCCAGGCACAAAACAUCGAUGCUGCGGUAGAAGAGAUAAUUAGUGUUUUGGAGGACACAAGCAAAGGAAAUGUGAUCUACUUCCAUGGAUGGCGGCGAUUAGGGGCUUCAGCGGCACUAAAGGUGGUUGCCCAACGUCUGAAAUCAUCAAAAUCAAAGUUUGACAAGGUUAUUCAUGUGGAUUGCUUUGUGUGGAAAAGCAUGAGGGCCCUGCAAAAGGCAGUAGCAGAGGAGCUGGAGCUUCCGCUGUCUGUGAUGGCUAUCUUCGAUCGGUGUGACGAGGACGACGAUUUCAAUGGGAUAGAGCAAGGGUCCAGAGGGGUGAUAGAAGAUAUCAGCAGGGAAAUAUGCAGAAAGCUUCUCAACAGUAGAUUUGUGCUGUUUUUUCUCAACGGGAGCAGAAGAUAUAUUGAUUUCUACGAGUGUGGUGUCCCAACAAUACCACUUUUGGGUAACAAGGUGUUGUGGACCUGGCACGGGAGGUUUCGGCUCGAUCUCGUGCUAGAUGACGGGGAACCAGAAAAGAUGAUGAUGCAGACUAAUGUUUAUCUAAAGAUGAUGAUGCAGACUAAUGUUUAUCUCCGUACUUCUCAUGGAUAUGUUUCUGAACAGUUCUGUAAUCUAGUUCAUGAAGAGGCCGAGGAGGUUGCCACUUGCACGAGGAUUGCUAAGCCUGGCUAUAUGAACCACAAGGUAGUGAAGCAGUGCGUCCUGUACGCCCUGUACGGAUGGGCACAAAUAAUCUUCUCUCCUACAGGUCUGGUGGACUUGGACACCCAUGGACCAAACUAUUGGAUCUGUGAUGGGAUUAUACAGGUCCAAGGCAAUACAUCAGCAUGGGAGAUUGGCAAUUCUCUGCAGAGGAACAUAAGCCUGGAUUGGGUUAGGAAGAACCCUGAAGGCACAAGAUACUUAGCAGAGUUGAUUACGGGAAACAGUAAUGUUGAUGAUGAUCGCUGGGUUUAUGUCACACACAAGGAUCUGCUGCAGGAUGAUACUGGUGUGCUACGUCCUGGGGUGACAUCCUUCUUUGUGCUUCCCGAUGAACCACCAAUAAAUACAAUACCAGUAUUGCAACCUAGCCUGUUCCAACAUUCACGAAAUAGCAAGCUGCGUGUGUUACACCUCUCUCGCUGCAGAUUCAGUUUUGCAUCUCCUCCCUUCCUCUGUUGCAGCCAACUAAGAUUGCUCCAUCUGGACCAGUGCACAAAUAUGACAGGUGAUGAUGAGCAUCCAAGCUACAACGAAAACAUAUCAUGUUUCCAGAAGCUAUGGGUGCUGGAACUGAGGUAUACACACUGGUACUGGCUGCUAUCUGAAAAGAUGAAGAGAUUGAUGGUUGAACUCAGGGAGUUAAAUGUGGAGGGAGUCAAACAUGGGAGCAUAAGUGAUUUGUGUGGCGGUAUACCUAGCCUUGUCAUACUUCGAGUAACAGAAGCUUCAGUCCCUACGGAGAACGAAGACACAAAUAAUGAAGCACAAUUUCCCAAUAUGUCCAAUACAAACAGCCUCACCACAUCUAGCUUCAUCAACAACGUCCUGCCUCCACGGCUCGAGUCAUUUAGCUUCAUCAACAAAGCAGAAACUGCAGCCAAGAUAUCUAGCAUCUCCUUCCGGGGUUGUUCUCGGUUAAAGAGUAUACUUCUCAGAGGAAAUUUGGGGAGCCUGGAGGAGCUGGACCUCUCGGGCACAGCAGUGAAAACCCUUGACCUCAGAGAAUAG